UUCAUUAUCCAUUCAAAGAUAAGUCAUGCUUAUGUAACAAAACAUACUAGAGGGAAGAAAGUAUAAGCAAUGAGUUCCAUAGGACAAACCAUGUUAAUGGCACUAACAGUUACAGUAAACAAGUAUGCAUCAUCAAAUGUGCAAGCAGUUCAUAAUAGAAAACAAGCUAAACCAACCUUAAGUAGCACCAACGUUGGAUUUGGAAGGAGAGCACUUGUCUUAUCCACUGUUGUUGCUGCAACUCAAGACCCUGAAUCAAGGACUCUGCUUCUUCAAAAAUAUUUGAAGAAGACAGAGGAAAACAAGGAGAAAAAUGACAAAGAGAGAGUGGAUAGUUAUUACAAGCGUAAUUACAAGGAUUACUUUGAAUUCAUAGAAGGAAGUUUGAGAGCAAAAGAAGAUGGGAAGCUUUCAGAAGCAGAAAAGGGUAUUCUUGAUUGGCUUGAAGCUAACAAGUGAUCAUAUAUAGUGUAUUGAUUUUUCUCAAUUGGUAGAGUUGCUAGCUACUUUUCAUUUUUCUUACUUUGAUUGAUGAGAUUGAAUUCUACACCCUUUACAAUUGUACAUUAUUUGAAAUCAAUGUAGUACAAAAUUUUCAUUAUUUCAA